AUGUCGGAUGCAGACAUGUUGGCCGUGGAUGGGGAGCUUCUGCGUUUAGCUUGCGCUUGCAAAGUGCCGGAGUCGCACCAUGAAGUGCUCCGCAAUUUUGACAUUGCACUAUUCGGCAGGGCGGCUGCCGACGCAUCAACGCUUGAUCAAGUUUUGGAAGAACUCCUCUCAGAUACGGCUGUGCCUGAGUCAGCUGCAGAGCGCUUGCUACUGUUCUCAUCGUUCAGACUCCUGUACGAUAAGUGUCGUCAGCAUCAGGGCCUUCUCUCAGAGCCAAAUAAGUCCACGCCCGAGGCCCCGCCUGCGCCGCCAGUGCACAGGGACUCCUGGUCAGAAUCCUUUCCAGCAAAGCUCUCAGGGGAAAAGGUUCAAUCCUUGCGUGAUUCCUUCGAAAGCGCAUACCCUGGUGAGCUUCUAGAUUCAGAGAACUUUCCUAGCUCUAGAAUGUUGGCCUUAUGCUUCAAGUACGCGACGCCAGGGGAGCUGAAGUGGGUACCUUGGAAGUACAGAAUGCUAGAAGACUUCUUGUAUGAUGAUGCGCCAAGCCGCGAAAUCCCAACCGGGUAUGAGGCCGGCUCGGGGCUGCGUGGCCCCACAGCAGAAGAAAUGAUGGCGGCUGAUCGGCGUCUGUGGGAAAUCAUUGCAGAGCUCGUGAACAGCAAGAAGUGGUCAUUGGACGAUGCGAUUGCUGAAGUAGUUGACGUCCGCUCGGACAUGGCUUCCCUUCUGCAGCCCAGGCCUUUGCCCCCUAAGAAUGUCCCUGUCGAUGUGCCUCGGAAUUUCUGGCGUCCAAGUAAGGGUAACAAAGGCAAAGGAAAGGGUGGUGGCAAAGGUGGCGCUAAGGGCGCAGGAAAGCAAUUG